CUGUUCGUUUCUGUGGUGAUCCUACAGCCCAGCACAUUACCCCAGGGUACCAUCAAUAUGAACCAGUGCUCUGAUGUCAUCGAUGGCGAGUCCAGGACAGGUCAGAAGAACUCGCUGUGCAUAGUCACCCCUGAGAAAGAGCACUUCAUCCGGGCUGAGUGUAAAGAAAUCAUUAAUGGAUGGCAGGAGGCACUGACUGUUUACCCGAGGACCAAUAAACAGAACCAGAAGAAGAAACGCAAGGUUGAUCCUCCUACUCACCAGGAUGGAAUAACUCCAAACCAGUGUUUUUCCACUGAAGACAUGAAUGGACAUCCAGAGCCGGGGCCUGCCAAGGUAACGGUGACCAGCAGCAGUGGAAGCAGCAUCCCAUGCCUACCCAGCAGCAUAGCCGGCGCUGAGCGGGUCCCGAUGAGCCGUGCCACCCUUUGGCAGGAGGAAAGCCGCUGGAGCAGGGCCACCAUCCCCUGCAGCCGCAGUGCCUCCUGCAUCAGCCAGCUGAGCCACAGCCAACCAGACUCUAGUAUCACUACUCAAGAUGAUCGUGGCACAUUAAGCACUGGGCGAAAGGUACGAGUAGAGAGUGGUUACUUUUCCCUGGAGAAGACAAAGUCAGAACUUUCUCCACAGUCUGCCCACCACACCCAGCCACCCCAGCAUCUGCCCUUGUCCUCUUCAGCAUCCUCCUCUUCACUAGGAGCCCCCAGUUCCAGGUACUACUCCGAAUCAGAAGCCCAGAUUUCCCCUCAUCAACCCUCCCAAGACCCUCUUCCCUCUCCAGGUGCACUUAUUUCCCCAAGCUACUCCACCAUCAGCUCCUCCCAGAGCUCACUGGACUCUGAACCCAGUGGGGCUGCAUCCACCUGGGAGGGGCGCGGCGGUGGUGGAGGUAGCUCUAGUAGUGUCAGUGGUGGAGGGGGUAGAGUUGGUCGUUCUGGCAGGGAAUAUGCAGCUCUGUCUGAUGUGCCCCGAGCUCGCAGAAUGAGCUACAAAGAGGCCUUCCGCUCAGAGAAAAAGCGCCAGGAGCUGAGGGCACGAACACGAAGCCCUGGGAGGGAGGAGGUGGCUCGGCUGUUUGGAGAAGAGCGCAGGCGUUCUCAGAUCAUUGGCCGGUUUGAGGAGAGUCAACAUAUUGAGCGUAUGGACACAAACUCCAAUGACUCCUUGGCUAACACCACAUCAGUCCAGAGACAAGGCCGCAGUGAGAGACGCUACCUAGAUAACAAACAUGAGAUGUCCCUUGACACAGGAAGGGACUGUUACGCCCCUGAUGUGUCCAGCUCCACUUUUGUUAACUUGAGAAGAGCUAAGUCAUUGGACCGAAGAGUCACAGAGUCAUCAAUGACUCCUGAUCUACUUAACUUCAAAAAAGGAUGGAUGACAAAGCUUUAUGAAGAUGGAAUGUGGAAGAAGCACUGGUUCGUCCUGACAGACCAGAGUUUGAGGUACUAUAAGGACUCGAUAGCCGAAGAGGCCUCUGAAAUGGAUGGUGAGAUUGACCUGUCCACGUGUUACGAUGUCAAAGAGUUUCCAGUCCAGAGGAAUUAUGGCUUUCAAAUCCUUUGCAAAGAGGGAGCGUGCACCCUGUCAGCUAUGACCUCUGGAAUCCGUCGCAAUUGGAUUCAGGCCAUUAUGAAGAAUGUGCGACCUACUAUUGCCCCCGACGUCACCCGGAAAAACAUCUCUCUGAAACUAUCCGUUCUGAAGCCCAGAUCCCUCCCUGAUGAGAACGUAAAAGGACAGGUGAUGUUGGAGCCAUGUCUACAAGCCAGCCCUGAUACAAGCCCAAGUCUGGAGGCCUCCAGGAAUGAGGGUAACAGGCAUUCACCAGGCAGCAAUACCUCGGUCCCUUCUGAGCCGCGUAAGAGCAGAGUCCGAGAGCGCAGACGAGAGGGUCGCUCAAAAACCUUUGACUGGUCUGAGUUCAAAAUGGAGCAGGCAGAAAAGCCUGUGAAAGAACGAGCAGAGACAGUGGACCUCAGCUCAUCAUGCUCUACAACCUCUUCAUACUGCUCCCCGUCAUCUUCUCCCUCUUCUUUGGCAUCUUCUCCUGUCUCUUCCUCCUCCCUUCAAACCUCCUCUGUAUCUGGGGCCCAGCUACCUUCUAUGACAUUGGAAAUGGGCAGGGAGACUGUGAGAGGAGGCAUCUCUCCCCAGGGUCAUGUGCCAAAUACUGUAACUGUUAUAUCAACCCUUAGCACCGCAACACCGGUACGGCCAUCGGCACCUGAAUGCCAAGAGCAAGGAACGAUGGAGGUAGAUCACCCUAAUACUGUUUGUCAAGGCCAGGAAGACAAGAUAGACAGCAAAACCUCAGAGGUCCAAGAGGAGAUUGAACAGCGAUGGCACCAGGUGGAGACAACACCAUUAAGAGAAGAGAAGCAAGUCCCCAUCACCAGAACGGUGGGAAACUCUGACCGACUGCCUUCACAUGAGUUUGCUGAGCUGCUGGACAAAGAGCUGGGACAGAAGCAGAAGGAGCUGGACCGUCUGCAGGAGCAGAACAGUAUUUUAAAAGAACAACUGGAAGACGCGCUCGGGAGAGAACAAAAUGCCCGAGAGGGUUAUGUCCUGCAGAGUGCAACACCGCCUUCCUCCUCACUGAACAAAGUGCCAUGGCAACACUUACACAAGCUUAAUCAAGAUUUACAGGGAGAAUUGGAGUCCCAAAAGCGCAAGCAGGACCUUGCCCAGAAGCAAAUCCGAACAUCAAAGAGAAGUUACACCGAAGCCCAGGACGCUGUAGACCGGCAUGAGGCAGAAAUUCAGGCUCUGCAGGCUAAACUUGCAUCCACUAUGGCUGAGAUCUUAGCAAGUGAACAGGCUGUGGCCCGAAUGCGAAACGAGCUCAAGCUGGAACAGGAGCGCUCAAAGGAACAAGAUGAGGAAAAUGGCCGCAGUGAGGCCACCCUACGAGCCCAGCUGAAGGACAGUGAGGACAGACUUCGGGAAGUGGAGGCCAAUCUCUUGGAAAGAAACCAGGCCCUCAGGCAUCUGGAGCGCCAGCAGGCUCUGCAGCGAGACAACGUGAGGGAGAUGCAGAGGUUGCAGGAGAGGUUGCAAGAGGUUACUGCUCGACUAAGUGCAACUGAAGAGGGUCAGGCACUGAAGGAGGAGCGCCUGAGGAAGGAGCAGCACAGCAUACGAGAAAGUCAUGAGAGGGAAAAACAGAAUUUGUGUAGAAGAUUAGCAGAGGCUGAGACUACACGGAAGGAAAUAGAGGACAGGCUUUUGGAGGCAGAGCAGCAGGUUCAGGCCUUGUUGAGAGGGAGGCGGGCCUCGGGUGGCAAAGAAUACAGAGAGGAAAUGUUAAAGUUGCAAGAGGAGCUCGCUCUAAAGACUGACCUGGUUGAGUCACUGCGGGGAAGUGUGAGGAGGCUGGAGGAGGAAAAAGGCCAUCUCACCUGCCGCUGUCAGGAGCUUCUUAACCAGAUCGCAGAAGCAGAUCGUGAGGUGAAUAAGCUCCAAAAUCGUCUGGAGACUGAAGAAGCUGAUUACUAUACUCUGGAGAACUCGUAUGAAAGGGCUACCCUAGAGUUUCAAAAAAUGAGCCAGUUUCUUCGUGAAAAGGAAGAAGAGAUCCGGCAGACCAAGGAGAUGUAUGAGAGGCUAAUGGAACGUAAGGAAGAGGACCUAAAAGAGGCCCUCGUCAAAAUGGCGGCACUUGGCAAUAGCUUAGAGGAAACUGAACAGAAGCUGCAAGCAAAGGAGGAGCUCCUUUGCCAAAUGAGUCAAAGCCUCUUAGAUAAGGCUGAGCCCUGUGGGGCUGAAAAAGAUCUGCAGGCCAAGCUUGUGGUUGCCGAGGGCCGCAUUGCGGAGUUAGAGCAACACCUCAAUGCUCUGCAACUGGGCUAUGCUGAUCUACGAAUGGAAAGGGCACACAUUUUAGAACGGGAAAAGGAGGAAAGACUUAAAUAUACAUCCUUGUUAUCAAAUACAGAUAUUCCUAUUGAUGAUGAUGAUAACAUGACAGAGAGCCUUCAUUAUGACAAAGAAUCUCAAACAAAGAGGCAGAGAAUUCGUUUUUCAAGUAUUCAGUGCCAAAAAUACAUCAAUCUUGAGGACAUGGACACCAGCCAGGUGAGAAGUGAAGAAAUAAAUAACCAGGAAAUAAGUACAGAUCUCCAACUGACUGAUAAAAAUAUCUCCUCUGACAUCACAUUCCCACAUACAAAUGACCCUGAGAAGUUCAUCUCCAUUAUACAUGCAUUAGAAACCAAACUGCUUACCACUGAGGAUAAGCUUCGAAUUUUGACUCAAAAUCUGGAUACACAAAAACCAAACCAAACAGAAGACGUGCCUAAGACUGAUCUAAAAAUUGUAAUUUCAGAGCAGGAGAAAAGCAAUGCUGUAAAGCAUUAUACCAAGGCCAUGGAGUUUGUUGAAAAUAGUCUAGUCAAAGUAAGGACUGUUCUCAUUUCCCCUAGCAGCGCUGAUUCACAGCUCCAGUCACUGUCGGAGAUAGAGAAUGAUUUAUACAGCGCGUCAAUGCACAUCCGUCAAGGCCAAAAGACAGAAGAGCAGUCACCAGAGCAGCAUAAGAACCAGACCCCUGAGACUACGAGUGGUGAAGCGCUGCAUCUCUUUGCCAAAAACCUAUCUUUUGAGGCAGUGGUUUUGAACAAGAUGGCUUUGUUAAUACAAACCUCCAAGUCUGACCUUCUGCAGGCACUUGUUGAGAUAUGGGAAGACAUGGAGAAUGUUAAAAGGAGCGAAAAAGAUUGCUUGGCCAUAGUGUAUGCCGACGCAUUGACCAGGAAGCUGAUGUUGGAGAGCACUUUCUGGAAGGAGCUGGAGAAAGUUGAGGCACAUGUCAGUGCAUCCAAAGAGAGCAGUGUAGCAGCUGACGUUGAUGUGGAUGCCACAGUGGUGUUUAACACUGUCAUCAAAGCAGAACUAGCUUACUCUGUACAAAAUCUGAAAGUUGGCUACGAAAAGAAAUUCAAAAGCCUGAAAAGGGAGCUAGCUGAAACCCUUGAGAAUUUACAGCAAAGGGAAACGGCCCUAAAAGAAAUAAUUAAAGCUGCUAAGAGGCCAGAUUUGAAAAAUGUCAUAAAAGAAGUAAAACACAACUUGGAGAUUGGUGUACAAAAGCUAGCAGAUGUUCACCCACCUGAACUCGCUCCCUACAUGGAACAGAUGGAAAUGGAAGAAGCUAGAGAUCUUGCUGAAGAAGCUGUAGACAGUCACUUGGCUGGUGUAAUGCCCUCUUGUGAUGUUGACUCCAUUAAGUCGAUUGAAAACGCACAUGAAAACUUGGCUAAUGAGCUUCAAAGACAAGCAGCAAUCCUGCAUAAGUUUGCUCAAGAAAUAGAAAGCAGCGGAAGCAACCCUGGGCUCUCUAAAAUGAUCCACACUGUUUUAGGGCGGCAAAUGUCCCAGAAUUCGACAAGCACCUCUCUUUGUAUGCGGGAGGCCCUCAUUCAGGCCCAAGUGGCAUAUGUGGCCUGCAGGUUACGGGCUGCGCACGAGCAAGACUUAAGCCUGUGCAAGCAAACCAGUCAAAACAUGGAGGGUCUGGUGCAGCAGCACGCGCUCAAUGUCACGGCAAUCCAAGAAAAAUACGAGGCCUGUUUGCAAGAGGAGCGGCACAAGUUCACACAAAGAGUGGCCACGCUCCAGGAGGAGAAUCAGAAGCUGAAGAGCGAGAUCAGCAAACGUGUGAGCCAGCUCUCGCUGCAGCAGGACCACGUGGCCCUCAUGGAGGAUCGCUUCCAAAAGGAGACCGAAGAGCUGAGGCAAAGGCACCGAAAGGAGCUGAGCCACGCGGAGCAAGGCCGCGCCUCCACGGAGAUGGCCCUCAUGGAGACGGCAGCCGACAGUCAGCAGAAGCUGGAGCUCCUCCUGUUGGACAUGGACAGCAUGGAGGAGCGCCACGAGAGCCAUGUGAGGAAACUGGAGGAGCAGUUCGAGAAGCGGAUCUGUGAGCUGCAGCACAUCCACAGAGAGGACAUGGACAAACUGCACCACCAGUACAUGGAAAGCAUUCAACAUGCCAAAGAGCACCAACCAGAGGGGAAAAGCCUGGGGGGCACGCGCUCACCUCCCUCUGACGAUUCUGCCACGCCAAUGGAAGAGGAGGAGCAGGGGAAGGUGGAGGAUGCUCCAAACCCGUCAGAGGUGGACUCCAUGACGGUUUUGAAGGACCGAAUCCAGGAGUUGGAGACUCAGAUGAAUAACAUGAGGGAUGAGCUGGAGAGCAAGCACCUUGAAGGAGAUGUGGCCAGCCUGAGAGAGAAAUACCAGAGAGACUUUGAAAGUCUUAAGGCCACCUGUGAGCGUGGCUUUGCUGCAAUGGAGGAAACUCACCAUAAAGUGAUAGAGGACCUCCAGCGGCAGCAUCAGAGGGAGAUUUCCAAACUGCUGGAGGAGCGGGAGAGACUGCUGGCUGAGGAGACGGCUGCCACGAUUGCUGCUAUUGAGGCGAUGAAGAACGCACACAAGGAGGAACUGGAGAAGACGCAGCGCUCCCAAGUGAGCGGACUGAACUCAGACAUUGAUGAACUCCGCUUGCAGUAUGAGGAGGAGCUGCAGUCCAUCCAGAGAGAACUGGAGGUGCUGUCAGAGCAGUACUCUCAGAAAUGUCUGGAGAACGCUCACCUGGCCCAGGCGCUGGAGGCAGAGAGGCAGGCCCUCAGGCAGUGUCAGAGAGAGAACCAGGAGCUAAAUUCUCACAACCAGGAACUAAACAAUAGAUUGACUGUAGAGAUCACUCGGAUGCGCUCCUGUUACAGCGGGGAAACGACUCUGUCACCACUUACCCAGGGCAAAGACGUGUAUGAAUUGGAGGUGCUGCUACGAAUAAAAGAGUCGGAGAUCCAGUAUCUUAAACAGGAAAUUCACUCUUUGAAGGAUGAGCUGCAGUCUGCUUUAAGGGACAAGAAAUAUGCAACCGAUAAAUAUAAGGACAUCUACACAGAGCUGAGCAUUGUGAAAGCCAAGGCUGACUGUGACAUCAGCAAACUGAAGGAGAAGCUGCACAUGGCCACAGAAGCUUUAGGGGAAAGGACAGUUGAUGGCACCGUUACAUCUUCUUAUCAGACCCUUUGUUAG